AUGGCCGACAACGCAACAGCCGCAGCCAUGGCCAACACCGGCCAGCAGCCGCCGGGCCCUCCGGCUCCUGCUGCCCUCGACGACAUCACCCCAGCGCCAGCCCCCGAUGCUUUCCAAACCUCCACGGCCAACCUCACCCCCCCAAACAACAACGACGACCUCGAGAAACAAACCCCCAUCAUCACCACCACCCCCAUAAACCCAGCGCCGCUGAUCAACCCAGACGUAAACCACUACCGCAUAGCCGCCCUCUCCCUCGCCUCCCUAACCGCAGGCCUAACCGACGCCUCCGUCGGCCCCCUGAUCGAACCAAUGAAGCACUUCCACUCCCUCCCUGACGAUAAACUCAUCUCCCUCCUCUGGGUCGCCCAAGCAGUAGGCUUCAUCCUCGGCGCAGCCCUCAUCUCCCCCCUCCGCUCCCUCAAACCCUUCCUCAACCACGACAACAUCACCCUCCUAUCGGCCAACAUCCUAGUCUUCCUCUCCUACCUCCCCUUCUCCUGCUCAGCUCCCCUCCCCGCAAUAGUAAUAACCUUCCUCCCUCUCGGUUUCGGAAACAGCUUCAACCUCGCCAUCGGCAACGUCUACUGCGGCUCGCUUCGGAGGAAAGCAACCUUUUACCUUGGGGUAACGCACGCCUGCUACGGCCUAGGCGCCACAAUCGGACCGCUCAUCGCCACGAGAAUGAUUGUGCAGACGCGGUUGGAUUACGGCCAGUUUUACAGCAUUCCGCUGUGUCUGAGUCUCAUCAACUCGAUGUUGUUGUUUUGGGCGUUUAGGGAGCACCCCGUUGUUGCGCCUCCCGCGGCGGGCACAAUGGAGGAAGGGAAUGCCGCGGCAGUGGCGACGGAAGCGAGGAGACCGAACCCAGGAGAAUGGCUCAGAUCCCACCUCCCAGCCGACACCAAGCUCGUUGUUUUCGCCGCCUUGUUCAUCUUCUGCUACCAGGGCGCCGAGGUCUCAAACGCAGGUUGGAUAACUGAGUAUCUCCACCACCGCCACCCCGCCUCGCAGGAAAAGAUGGACACAUACGGGUACACCAUGACCGGGUUCUGGGGCGGCGUGACGCUCGGACGGAUGGUGUUGACACCGCUGGGGGAGCUCUGGCCCGGGGGAAACAAGGUGUUUGUGUACUUUCUGAUCCUGCUCUGCACAGGCUUUCAGCUGUUGAUAUGGUUGUUAAAGGGCGGCAUUGUUGCAAGCGGUUUGUCGGUAGCAUUCGUUGGGUUCUUCAUCGGCCCCGGAUAUCCCUGCGCGAUGAGGGUUGUGAUGAAAAUGCUCGACGAGAAUGAGAUACGGAGGCCACCGUUUGGUAGGGUGGAUAAGGAAGCCAAGGCGGCCGCGAUGGGCGUCAUUUCUGCGUUUGGCAUGACCGGUGGGGCGGUCGUGCCUUAUGUCAUCGGAAACCUAAACAGGCCUGUUGGGAGAUGGGUGCUGCAUCCAAUUGUGCUGGGCUUGUACGCGCUGAUGCUCCUUCUGUGGUUCUUCCUGCCAGUAGCAAGAUGGAAAAAGUCGGCCUGGAAGCAGCGACCAAUACACCGCUUUGUUGAUGCCGUCUUGACAUUCUGGCAGUCGCUGUAA